GCCUCCGCCGGGUUAUGUUAGUGUUCUCGGAUAGAAAAGACUCAAACUUUGACCGACAGCCUUGAAGACAGGCAACAUCAAACCGCGUGAGCCAAACCGAGCAUACAGCAAAGUAUCGAGCGCCUCCUUAAACUUUGUUCACGUGUUGGAAAAGCUCGUUAGUUUUUCACGUCGAAGUGUAUCGGACGAUAUCGCUAUGGCCAAGGUACAAGUGUUAAACGUUGCUGUGCUGGACAACCCGAGCCCGUUUGGAAACCCGUUUCAGUUCGAGAUAACGUUUGAAUGCAUGGAGGAUUUGCCGGAAGAUCUGGAGUGGAAGAUCAUCUAUGUGGGUUCAGCUGAAAGCGAGGAAUACGACCAAGUUCUGGACUCUGUUCUUGUUGGCCCGGUACCGGCUGGCAGACACAUGUUUGUAUUUCAGGCUGACGCUCCCAACACAGGACUGAUUCCAGAGAGUGAUGCUGUAGGAGUGACUGUAGUCCUUAUAACCUGCACUUACCGUGGACAGGAGUUCAUCCGCAUCGGUUACUAUGUCAACAAUGAAUACACAGACCCUGAACUACGGGAAAACCCACCUCUCAAACCAGACUACUCUCAGCUCCUGAGGAAUAUUUUGGCCUCCAACCCCCGCGUCACCCGCUUCCAUAUCAACUGGGAGGGCACGGCAGACAAGAUGGAGGACAGCGAGAAUGUUGACCCGUCCCGUAACAUCAGUGGCAUGCUCCCUCCAUCCUGUAUACCAGGAAAGAUGCCGCCUCUUGGACUGAUGCCGGACAACUCCAUGGACUGCAUGUAAGCAUCAUCAGACUGAGAUGAUGGACAAGAAGCUCUUCCUAUCUGGACACGCAACCACACCAAAAACACACAUUUGGACAAGGAGGCAAUGGAUGUAACUACAUAACGUGGACAUUAACAGGAAGUAGGGGAAAUAUUUUUAUACUAUAGGGAUGGAUCUGGAAUUGUUACAAGCUGUUUUUGUCUCCUGUGUACUUUCUUCCAACACACACACCUACAGUACCAGCACUGCCUUAAUUUACUGUGUCUCUGGCUAAUGUCAGAGCUGAGCCAGAGAGCGUUGGAGUCUCAGGAUGGAGUUAUCUUAAGACCGCCGUAUCCUCACAGCCCCGAGACUCGCAAGUCACACUCAUACACUGAUGUCCACCUGUUCGGCACCCACACUGACCAUUUUGUCAUCUGAGCACAGAUCAAGGCUAUGGGCAGGUCUGUGUGUCAGAGUAGCUGUAGCACUAGCUGCUUACAAUAAAGCAUUUCAUUGUUCUGUAGGUUUGUCUCAUCCAGAUGUAAAUUUGUAGCAUCUGGAGUACCUGUGGGGGAAAAAAAAAUAUCUUGUCUUUGAAAUAUGGGCCAUGUUCACGGGCCUGUUGCAAGAAGUAGCUUUAUUUACUGUUAGCUGGAUAGCAUGUGCAGAGUACAACCAUGUGUUUGCAAGACUGAGUUAUCUUGUCAAGUCAGUAAACCCACCUCUUCAAACAGGCCCCAGUUCAGAGUAUAUCCUUUUAAAAGGUUGCAUUAAAUGUCCAUAAUUAUGCACAAAACAUGUAGGUAAAGGAGUCACAGGAGAAAUUGAUGCCAUAUUGCAGUCAAGUUGUUUUGGUGGUUUACUGUAAAUAAUGUUUUCCCAGCGCUUAUUUUGUCUUCAAGAUGAGAAGGCAUGCUUUCUUUUUGUACUUAAAUGUAUUCUCUGACUCAGUAUUUGUAACGACAGUGAUGAGGUUAAUAAAGUUUGUUUUGUGGA